UCACACUUCUCCUUCAUUCUUCAGAGCGCAUCGGAUCGUGAGCUAGCCCGAGCCAACGCAAUCUCAAUAUGCCUGGGAUUUUGAGGGUCCUCACCAGCCGUGUGGCCCCUGUGGUCCGCACACAGACGGCGAACCUGGGCUCCAGACCGCCACAAGCAAAGAUCGGCCCGGUUGAAACCACCAUUAGUAUUGGGUUGUUCAGCUUGGCUAUCCUGGGACCAUCUGGAUGGAUUCUGGCCCACCUGGAGGACUACAAGAAGAAAGAUUAGAAUGGACUUUAUCUGAGCCAAGAUCAUGUUGGUGCAUUCAAACCGCGCUGUUCCUGGGACCAUCCAAGCCACGUCCCUCUUUACAAAACUCCUUUUACCGUGGACUUUUAUUCCUCAUAUCACCAUUCCCACAAAAGCAAUUCAGAUGUUACAUUUUAGUCAGUACAUAAAUUAAACUGUUGACCUCAUCUUAAGCAGUUUGUAAAAUAAAUUAUUGAAACUGUC